AUGCCGAUUCCAAGCAAGCACACCAAUAUUGGUCGUUCUCAGAGCUGGGAUGCUGCAGGCUGGUUUGAAGGCAACUGGGAGAGUGAAAAUGCAUUUGAAUAUCAGAGACCUACAGGGAGGAGAAAUUCUCUGACUUACGGUGGCGAAGGAGGUUGGUAUGAGCAACCAACCCAUAGACCACAUGAUAUCAUCUUGCAAGGAGGUGCUGAACUGAAGCAAGAGCCUUACCCAUACCAGGAUCCCAUUUUUAACCAGGGUCCUGUAAGGAAAGGCUCUGUUCCUGACUUUACUUACUACGACAGACAGACUGCGAUGUCUGGACAAAGCUCCUUGCCAUCUCAGGAUUACUACAGUGACCCAUCCUUAGCUGCCAGAUCGCCUAAAGAUCCCCGCUACUAUAGAGACCACAUGAUUAAUAGAUCAUUACCGAAUUAUGGGAUACCAAGUAGCAGAUUGACUUGGGAUCAAGUACAAGGACGGGCACCUGUCCCACAUGAAGCCAGCCGUAUGUAUAGGGAUCCUAUGCAUAAAAUGAUCCCAGAAGGGCAAAGGAUGCGAAACAGAGAGACGUCUCCUGCAAGGUAUGGUGUUGAGCCUCCCACCCCUAGAUAUGGAACAGAACCACCAACUUUUUCCAACAGGCAGGUUUAUAAUGACACAAUAGAGAGACCCACAGAGUCUGGGGCUGCUAGGCAAAUUACUCCAACAUGUUUGGUAGUGGAUUCAAGCUCUGCUUCUGUUCCUGAUGGGAGUACACUUCCAUCUGCUGCUUCUGUAAAUCGUGCUUAUGGAUCAGUCCGGGAAAAUGUUACUGCAAAAGUUCCUUUUGAUAGCUAUGAAACAGCCAUGACUCCUUCCCAUUCCCAGAUGCCUACGGGUUUCUCAGGACAGGACAUUAAAAGAAACUAUGAUCCUGAGUUCCUUGCACUUCUGCGCUAUGAAGGAGUGUCUGAAAGCACGUUCAAUGCUUUGGUGCAGCAAGGGUUUGAUUCUCCAAACCUGAUAGCAAUGAUGGAAGAGAAUGAUAUAAAAUCAGUAGCUCCAAAUCUCGGACAAGCAAGGGUACUUUCCCGCAUUGCCCAUAACUACAGGACAGAAAUGCAGCUACAGAGGAAUGAUAGGAAGAACAGCGCGCUCCGUCCCAGGACCCGAUCGAACAGUUUUAGUCAUCGAAGUGAACUGCAGAAUGAAUAUGGUCCCAGUGUAGAUGGCACAACCAUGCAGCAGCUGCCGCCGCCAUCUCUGCAGUCAGUGUCACCACGGGUAGGAGAAAUAAAUCGUCGGCCAUCUAGUGCUCCAACACAGCACCUUCUGGAAACUGCAACCUAUGCUGGACCUGGGGUGACUCAUCAAAGUCCCCAUUUUCUACCUAAUUCUGGAUACAACGUUCCUUUCCCAUGCAAUGUGCAGCCUCGUCCAGGGUCUGUCUAUUCCACUUCAGCUGGGAUACCAAUGACUACAGUACAGACUAACCCACAUGCAAGUCCCAAAACAGCAUAUCCGACCACUUACACAGUGCCCAUGGAACUGAUGAAGAGAGACCGAAACACAGCAAUGUCCCCAAUGCCUAGCCCACACAGCAGCCCGCAGCUUCUCCGAAAGCAAGGAGCCCAAAUGGAUUCCACCCUGGCACCUCCUGGCGCAAAUUAUCAGACACAGCAUUCUCCUUAUCAGAAACUCAGCAGGCGCACAGGACCACCAGUCAUUGUCUCCACCAUGGCAUCACCCGAAUCAAGUAUUCGUCCACAAAUAAUGAAUGGCCCUAUGCACCCUCGUCCCUUGGUGGCUUUGUUAGAUGGAAGGGACUGUACAGUAGAGAUGCCAAUUCUGAAGGACUUGGCGACUGUUGCAUUCUGUGACGCACAAUCAACUCAGGAGAUUCAUGAGAAGGUAUUAAAUGAAGCGGUUGGGGCAAUGAUGUACCACACCAUCACGCUGACCCGGGAAGAUCUAGAAAAGUUCAAGGCCCUUAGAGUCAUUGUUCGAAUAGGCAGCGGCUAUGACAAUAUCGACAUCAAAGCAGCGGGGGAACUCGGGAUUGCCGUCUGCAAUAUCCCAUCAGCAGCUGUGGAAGAGACUGCUGACUCCACCAUAUGCCACGUCCUGAACCUCUACAGACGGAACACGUGGCUUUACCAGGCGUUGAGGGAAGGGACCCGCGUGCAGAGUGUGGAGCAGAUAAGAGAGGUGGCCUCAGGAGCAGCUCGGAUCAGAGGAGAAACUCUUGGCCUCAUUGGAUUUGGUCGCACUGCGCAGGCGGUGGCAGUUCGAGCCAAGGCGUUUGGAUUCAAUGUGAUAUUUUAUGACCCAUACCUGCAGGAUGGGAUAGAAAGGUCCCUGGGAGUCCAGAGAGUCUACACACUCCAGGACCUGCUGUAUCAGAGUGACUGUGUAUCGUUGCACUGUAACCUUAAUGAACAUAAUCACCACCUUAUCAAUGACUUUACGAUCAAGCAGAUGAGGCAGGGAGCGUUCCUAGUAAACACAGCACGCGGUGGGCUUGUGGAUGAGAAAGCCUUAACUCAAGCCCUGAAGGAAGGAAGGAUACGAGGGGCAGCACUUGACGUGCACGAAUCGGAACCAUUUAGUUUUGCUCAAGGUCCGUUGAAAGAUGCCCCUAAUUUAAUUUGUACUCCGCACACGGCUUGGUACAGCGAGCAGGCGUCACUAGAGAUGCGAGAAGCUGCUGCUACUGAAAUCCGGCGCGCGAUCACAGGUCGCAUCCCCGAAAGCCUAAGAAACUGUGUGAACAAGGAAUUCUUUGUCACAACAGCUCCAUGGUCAGUAAUAGAUCAGCAAGCAAUUCAUCCAGAGCUCAAUGGUGCCACAUACAGGUAUCCACCUGGCAUGGUCAGUGUAGCACCUGGAGGAAUUCCAGCAGCUAUGGAGGGCAUCAUCCCUGGAGGCAUUCCCGUUACUCACAAUCUUCCAACAGUGGCACAUCCUUCCCAAGCUCCAUCUCCUAAUCAGCCCACAAAACAUGGGGACAACAGGGAACACCCCAACGAGCAAUAGCAGAUAACUUAAAAAUCAUUCAAUAAACUUGGGACCAAGAGACAUUGGGGAAAAAAAGUUAUACAUGAACUAAAAAAAAUUUGAUACAAAAUUUGUAAUGUUGAUUUUGGACAGAUGCAUCAUUGAUGUUCCAGUGUUAACAACAAAGUGAUAGCAGUCAAGACUGGGGAGAAACCCUGAAGAAGUCAUCUGCUUACUGAAGCGCUGAAAACUAGGAUGUGAUACAUAAAUGAUCAGCUUCUAUUAUUGUAUGUUAAGUUUCCUUCAUCUGUGCAUCAAAUCACAAAAUAGAUCUUUCCCUUCUCAAACCUUUGGGAAUAGCAGGGCUAACGAACCUGUAUUCAGAACAUUGCAUUAAGCAAUCCUCACAGAGUUAACAUUAGAAAUUUAAGCGGAAACCAUCAUGUGGCUUCAGCCCUUUCCUUCCUCAUGUAUCUUAGUUACCUCUUCUUGCAGUAGGAGAAAACACUGGCCUAGAGAUAAGAAAAAAUUAUCUUGUUGCAGUCUUACAUGGCCAGCAACAUAUGGAAAAGUUCUCCUAAUGUGUUUAGAUAUAGCCAUUCAGGCGAGGAAUCUUGGGCUGGGGGGUGGAGGGAGAAAAGGAAUAUAGCAGUAUUCACUUCUCUCCAACCCCUCCCCACCAAAUGAAAAUGUGUCAUCUGACCAACACACUGAAUAAAGUAGCUGUAAGUUCAGUUAUGCCCUCCAAUGAUGCAAAGCAAAAAAAAAAAAAAAAAAAAAAAAUUAAGUUUCACUCACUAUUUGUACUCAAAUAUAUUUUCUCAGUUUUAAAUCUGCAGCUAUUUUAUCAAGUGGAAAAAAGUCUUGAGCUGGAAAGGGUUCAAGAAUAAUGUUGCAUUUCCUUAUGUCUCAGGAAACACUUUUUAUGGUAACUUGUCAGACUGUCUAUGAACAAAACCCACUUUUUUAGACAUUGAUAAAAGUCUUCUUUUCUUCACGUGAUAUUUUAUACAAGAACACUUCAAAAAUGUGUUAUUAGAUGUGACUGAUUUUAACAAAUCCUAUUAGAUUUGUAUCAACUAGUUACAUGUUAUAUUCAUAGUCUUUUGUGAAUCAUCGCCUUUUUGUUUAAAAAAAGAUGGCCUAUUUUGAGCCUUUGUAUGGGAACAUUCCUGUUUCUGUGACAAAAAAAAAAAAUCUUAAGCUGUCCCAAACAGAAAAAAAAAAAAACCAAUGGCUAUCAGAAAUCUGUUUUGUUUUAGUGUGUUACCGUUAUUGUAUUUGUUUAUUGUAAAGGUGAACAUUUAGCGUUCAGUGCAGUUUUCAAUAAAAAGUGAUAAAAUUUC